AUGGGGUGGCAAAAGAAGGCAAAAAAGCUCUUGGGUUGUGCCGUCUUCAGGGAACCCUUCCAUAUCUUGACCAUUACCCUCCUCAGUCUCUUGCUGCCUCUCUCGUUUCUCCUCCUCGCCAGGCUCUCUACUUACAACUAUCUGUUGACCAUCACGUCUGAUCCUAUACAGCAACCGUCAUCUUCUUCUUUCAUCUUAUCUUUAUUCCUAUCCAUCAAUCCAGCAAUUUUGUAUUUUCUCGUUUCAAUUGUUAGCGUAGUCACUCUUAUUCAUGGCUUGACAGGAAAAAUUACCCUUCUAAGUGAGUCACCAGGUGCAAUUUACCGACCCGGAUUGUAUACUGCAUGGAUUGUGUUAUGUACGUUACAGAUUUGUGUUGGAUUAGGCAUUGAAGGGAGCAUAGCUGCUGGCAUGUUUGAUGGUUCUGGUUUUGAUAUUCAAAGAAGUUUAUUAUGCAGAGUUAUAUUUUUCUUAGGGUUGCAUGAGACCAUGAUCCAUUGGUCCAGAACUGUUGUUAAGCCAGUGGUUGAUGACACAAUUUUUGGUGCCGCUAGAGAUGAGAAGUGGGUACAAAGGGUGACUAUAGCUUUGAGUUAUGGCACUUUGUGGUGGUGGAGGUUAAGGGAUGAAGUUGAGUCUCUGGUUUUUGUGGCAGAGGCAAAGAUAGAGCUGAUGAUGGAUUUGGGAAUGGCUGACUUGGUUGGUUGGUGGCUGUAUUACCUGACAGUAACCAUUGGAGUGGCAAGACUUGUGAAGGGUCUUAUAUGGUUUGGGGUGAUUUUGCUUUGUAAGACGGUAAGAAGGCAUUCUACUGAAACCUACGAGGAUGAAUUAAACAAGGUCUGA